UGUAGUCACUUUAGACGGCCUUGUACCAAGCGUACAGACUGUAGCGAUCAGAAAUCUACGAGUAGUAGUCAUAGAGAAGCAGUAGUGGAGGCCAUCAAAAAAAGCUCCUUCAAGGCUAUGAUUUGCUUUCCUCCCAGUCUCACUAACUCCCACAAAUCUCUCCAGUCUCCAGAUCCACUUCAUUUCGCAGAAAACCAAAAUUCAUGAGGUUUUGGAUCUAGGUUCUAGAACUUUCCAGUGAUAAUGCCAAGGCAAAGCCGAGGGGGGAUGGACUUGAUGAUCCCCGGAAAGAUCAGAAAGCGAGGGUGCACAUCAUCGGCGUCGUCCUCGUCAUCGAUAAUCCAGAAUUACAGGUUCAAGAGGGCAAUACUGGUGGGCGGCAAGAGGGGCGGAUCGAGCACGCCCGUGCCUACGUGGAGGCUGAUGAACUCUUCGCGAUCUCCCGCGUCGUCUUCCGCAAUGCGCAGGGCCGUGGAGUCGCCCAAGUACCCCGGCCAUGGCGCCAGAACGAAGCCGGCGCAGGCGCCGGUGUCGGCAAGGAAGCUGGCGGCGACGCUGUGGGAGAUGAACGAGAUGCCGUCGCCGAGCGUGAAGGAACGCGCGGACGAGAGGCGGCUCAGAGCCAGAGAGAGGAUGGCCAGGUCCGUUCACUCCGGCUCUUUGCCUCCACAUUUGUCCGAUCCGUCGCAUAGUCCCGUUUCCGAGAGAAUGGAUCGGUCGGGAACAGGUAGUCGCCGGAGAGGAACACCGUCUGGUUCCAUAUCUCAGAGGCUUAGGCUGACGGACCACCAUCAUGUUGGACCUAUUGACGCUCUAAGCAAUGCCAGUUUAAUGGAGAUUGAGAGUAGCAGAUCUCGAGCGCAGACUCCCAGUGCAUCGACAGUCGGAGGGAAGACGCGCUUGAAGGAUGUGAGCAAUGCUCUAACCACAUCCAAAGAGCUACUCAAGAUUAUCAACCGUGUGUGGGGUCAUGAGGAUCGGCCUUCGACGAGCAUGUCCCUGAUCUCCGCCUUACAUGCGGAGCUGGAGAGGGCUCGUUUGCAGGUCAAUCAGCUUAUCCAAGAGCAGCGCUCGGAUCAGAGCGAGAUCAACUAUUUGAUCAAGUGUUUUGCGGAGGAGAAGGCAGCGUGGAAGAGCAAAGGGCAGGAAGCUGUUGAGGCUGCUGUCGAGUCCCUUGCGGGAGAGCUUGAGGUAGAGAGGAAGCUGAGGAGGCGGUUGGAGAGCUUGAACAAGAAGCUCGGGAGAGAGCUGGCGGACACAAAGGCGACUCUUGUUAAGGCGGUGAAAGAGCUUGAGAGUGAAAAGAGAGCAAGAGAGAUAGUGGAGCAAGUGUGUGACGAAUUAGCAAGGGAUGUUGGCGAAGAUGAAGCCCAAGUGGAGGAGCUGAAGAGAGAGUCCGUAAAAAUUCGGAAAGAGGUUGAGGAGGAAAGGGGGAUGAUGCACUUGGCCAAUGCUUUGCAUGAGGAGAGAGCUCAGAUGAAGCUCUCGGAGGCAAAGCAUCAGGCUGAGGAGAAAAAUGCAGCUGUUGAUAAAUUGAGGAAUCAGCUUGAAGCUUUUCUGGGGACCAAGAGAUUAAUAGAAAGAGGGCGUAGUUCUGUGAGCCAUCCCAAUGAUAAAGACAUUGCUGCGUUGUUAAGUAGAGCUCGCUUCGGUUCCCAUCCAAGUGAAGAGAAGGAAGAGGAUGGAGGAGAAGUAGAAGAUGGAGAAGAGUUUGAAGAAGAUGACUCGGCUGCUGAGAGUGAUCUUCAUUCCAUAGAAUUGAAUAUGGACAACCAUAACAAGAGCUAUAAGUGGAUUCAUUCUUCGGGGUUUGGUCGUGAUCCAAGAAUGGUUCAAAUAGACGAAGAAGAAAUCAAAGGAAGGAAAUCUACAUCCGGGAGAGCACCGAGGAGAAGCACUUCUCUGCAAAGGAGUAUAUCCGAUGGAGUCGAACUUCAUAACUUGGAUAGGUCAGACUGGGGGAGAUUCUUGGAACUGGAAAAGCAAGCUCAGGGAAAGGGUUAUGGGGAUGAAUUGCAGGGGUAUAAAUCAGUGAAGGGUCUGAGGGACCAAAUGUUGUCUAGCACUGGGAUGGGUUCCCCCAGAGUUUAUGCUAGUCCAACACGACAAAUGGGGCCGCCACUGCCAUGGCCUUCCCGUGAUCUUGUCAAUGCAGCUCAGGAGAGACCACCUGCGAUGGUGCUGGGGAAUGGUCCUAAGUCAAGGCUAGCAGAAGCCAGAGGUGAAAGCCAUAAUGCAAGAAAAUCCAGGCGGUGAGAAUGCUUUACUUGCAUUCUCCACAGCCGCUUGACUUGUAAUGAUGGUGGAUGCUUGCUAUCCCUCAUGGCAGCUCAAGUUGCGGCAAUCGCUGCUCAAUUUGCAUUAGAAUGUUUUCUGUUGGUAGGAACCUUUGUGUCAAUAGCUCUUUUUGUAGAAAAACUUCUUCCAGUAUUUAUGUAUUUCCCACUAUUUGCA